AUGAAGUUAGCGGCUUGGGUUCUUCUGCCCGCUCUUCUCCAUUAUGCAGUCUUUUCUCCCGGGGCAAGCCGAAACCUCCCCCCGAGGCCUCCUCCUCCUGCUGUGGUGAACGUCGGCGCCAUCUUCACCUUCAACUCCACCAUCGGGAGGGCGGCGAAGGUGGCCAUCAAUGCCGCAGUCCAGGAUGUCAACUCCGACCCCAGCAUGUUGGGAGCCACCCGAUUGGUUGUCAAGAUGCAGGACUCCAGCUGCAGCGGCUUCCUCGGCAUCGUCAAAGGUGUUGGACCUAAAUACCAAAUCUCCAUCUUCUUCUUCUUCUUCUACCUUCUUGGACUGCAGCUCUGCAAUUGACUGCAGCUCUGCAAUUCGUGGAAACCGACGUCGUCGCCAUCAUCGGCCCGCAGUGCUCUGUGAUCGCCCACUCCAUCCUCCACGUUGCCAACGAGCUCCAGAUUCCAAUGCUCUCCUUCUCGGCCACCGACCCCACGCUCUCCUCCCGGGAGCACUCCUUCUUCGUCAGGACGACACAGAGCGACCUCUUCCAGAUGCAGGCUGUCGCCGAGCUCGUCGACUACUAUGGCUGGAAGCAGGUGAUCGCCAUCUUCACCGACGACGACUACGGCAGGAAUGGCGUCUCUGCCCUGGGCCAGAAGCUCGACGAGAGACGCUGCAGAAUCUCCUUCAAGGCCGCCUUACGACCGGGGGCCACGCGGAGCGACAUCUCUGAUCUUCUGCUCAAGGUGGCCAUGAUGGAAGCUCGGGUGGUCGUUCUUCACUCCCAGGACGCAGGAGCCGCCAUCUUCUCUGCGGCUCAUUAUCUGGGGAUGAUGGGCAACGGGUAUGUCUGGAUUGCGACGGACUGGCUCUCCUCCCGCCUGGACACCUACGGCCCGCUUGAUUCCGACGCCAUGGACAGCAUCCAGGGAGUUCUCACUCUGCGGCAGCAUUCCCCAGAUUCACAGAGGAAGAGGGAGCUGUUCUCCAGGUGGAGGAGCUUGGUGGAGGAACAGGGCGGCUAUGGCGGGCUGAACUCGUACGGUUUGAACGCCUACGACACGGUCUGGAUGGUCGCCCGGGCUAUCGAUGCCUUUCUCAGAGACGGUGGGACUGUUUCCUUCUCCGGCGACCCCAAGUUGAAUGCUUCAGAUAGAGGGCCUCUCCGGUUCCAGUCUAUGACCAUAUUUGACGGCGGGGGGCGGCUCUUGGAGGAGAUUCUGAAGGUCAACUUCACCGGCGUGGCGGGUCCUCUGCGCUUCAACGCCGACGGGGACCUUCUCCGGCCUGCGUACGAUGUCAUCAACGUCGUCGGCUCGGGGUACCGGAGGAUCGGCUUCUGGUCCAACUUCUCUGGUUUGUCCCUGGAAGCGCCUGGAUCUCUGACCUGGAGAAAGCCCAAUGGAUCGAGCAGCUUGAGCCAGCGGCUGUCCAGUGUGAUCUGGCCGGGGGAGACGACCGAGAAACCCCGCGGCUGGGUCUUCCCUAACCGUGGGACGGAGCUGAGGAUCGGCGUACCUGACAGGGUGAGCUUCAGGGAGUUCGUCACGAGAUCGCCGGGGACGGGGAUCAUCAAGGGCUUCUGCAUCGACGUCUUCACUGCCGCGGUGAACCUGCUGCCGUACGCCGUCCCCUACAAGUUCGUCCUCGUCGGCGACGGCCUGGAGAACCCGAGCUACUCCGAGCUGGCGAGCAAGGUCGCGUCGGGGGUAAAGCUCGAACCAUCUCGCCCGUCUUUCCUCUCUGGCGGCGGCCUCUGGUGGUUUGUUGAUCCUUCUCCUUUCGGCGGCUGGCUUGGUUGCUUGCUUGGUUCCGCCAGGUGCUCGAUGCCGCUGUGGGGGACAUCGCCAUCGUCACGAACAGGACGAGGAUAGUCGACUUCACCCUGCCGUACAUCGAGUCGGGGCUGGUGAUCCUGGUCCCGAUGAAGAAGUUCAAGUCAAACGCCUGGGCGUUCCUGCACCCGUUCACACUGGGGAUGUGGGGAGUCACCGGCGCCUUCUUCGUCGUGGUGGGCGCUGUGAUCUGGAUCCUGGAGCACAGGAUCAACGACGAAUUCCGGGGCCCUCUCAAGAAACAGAUCACCACCAUUAUCUGGUAAGCCCACUGAUGAUGAUCUGCAGAGAUCCAUCCUCUCCUCACCUCUCCUGUCUUGCUGCCGCAUUUUGUUGAACCUUGAUAUGUGUGUCGGCUCCUCCCUCGACAGGUUCAGCUUCUCGACUCUGUUUUUCGCACACAGUAAGCAGAAUCCCGCCUUGGAUUUCUCCACCAGGGGGCCGCCGGGAGGAGCCCUAAUUGCUACCAUCUUCUUCUUCUUCUUCUUCUGUCUGCUGUCUGCGCAGGGGAAAGCACCAUGAGCCUUCUGGGGCGCGUCGUCCUGCUGAUCUGGCUCUUUGUCGUGCUGAUAGUCCAGUCCAGCUACACAGCCAGCCUGACCUCCAUGCUCACCGUGCGGCAACUCUCAUCGCCGAUAAAGGGGAUCGACAGCCUGCUCUCGGACGAUGGCCCCAUCGGGUUCCAAAUCGGCUCCUUUGCGGAGAACUACCUGGUGGAGCAGCUCGGCGUCGCGAGGUCCCGGCUGAAGGCGCUCGGCUCGCCGGACGAAUACGCCAGAGAGCUCGACCUCGGCCCCGAGAAGGGCGGAGUCGCUGCCGUCGUCGACGAGCGGCCCUACGUCGAGCUGUUCCUGUCGACCAAGUGCCAGUUCUCGAUCAUCGGCUCUGAAUUCACCAAGGGCGGAUGGGGAUUCGUAAGUGCCGUCCGCCAACUUCCUUCGACUUCUCUCUCAUCCCUGCUUCAGUCUGCGUCAGACGUCACCUUGUCUCAAAUACCGCCCCCAUCCAUCCAAGAACGAUGCUAGUUCGUAAGGGGAGAGACAGAGAGAUGAUUCAUGUACUCACCCUCUAGUGCGUGGCAGGUAUUCCCACAAGACUCCCCCUUGGCAAUGGACAUGUCGACCGCCAUCCUGACGCUGUCGGAGAAUGGGGACCUCCAGAGGAUCCACGACAAGUGGCUGGUGAGGAGCGCCUGUGCCGGCAAGAGGACCGACCUCGACUCGGAUCGGCUCCACCUGAUCAGCUUCUGGGGCCUCUUCAUCUUGUGUGGGUUCACCUGCCUCCUCGCCCUCGCCAUUUUCCUCGCCCUCCGCCUGCGGGACCUCAUCCAGCAACCCCGGAGUGACUCGGCCGCGCCUGGGGGUGACUCCAGGCCGCGCGGCUACCUCUCUUUUGUCCACCGGAAGGAACAGGGUGGUGAGCCGGAGCGCUGCUUCCCCGCGGAGGGGCCGUCGAGGCACGGCGUGACGUGA